UUCCAAGUUUUCAGGGUAUUCCGAUGGUCGAUUCACACGGUUUGCAGUCGCCAGACGUCGUUGUGGAGAAAUACACUAUAUCGAGAGAAAAGUCGUCGAUUGGCUUCGAAAUCGGCAAUAAUGUGACCGUUCAGUUGAACGCGCCAUCGGACGUUGACAACGGGCGAGAACGGGAUUCGUCGAAUGCGCACACAAAAGUUAUUAUGGAUCACAAGGGAGAUAUUCAAUAUCUACGCGGGAGAAUUUUGACGUCAAACGGACCAAUCGUCGGAUUCCGCUCAAUUCACGAGUCUGUCGGUGAAUCCAUGAACCUUAUCAAUUUGCAAACAAAGCAAAGGCACCGUUUUAAGGACUUCCCAUUCCGUACAAUCGACCUUGCCUUCGCCCAACAUCACAAAUACCUCGCCGUGCUCAACGCCGACCUCUCACUUGUAGUAUUUGAGGUGUCUGACAGAUGCGAUCCAAAGAAAUACCUGUCGAUCGUGAAUUGGCCGUCAUAUCAAUCACAGGGAAACGAGGAUCAACCGAAACUCUCGUGGUGUCCGUAUAUUCAGGGUGAAGAUGAGGAUGAUGAGACUAUUCAUAUGAUUGCUGUCUACUUGGGUCGCCAGCUGUACAUUGUGAAUCUAGGAGUUUUGAAAGAAGCGGGUCUAGGAGACACUAUCGAAUUUGAGGAUGCAAAGAAAGAGGACGGUGGACUAUUCUGUCACUAUUUCUCUGAUCAACCGGAUAAAAAGAAUCUGAGAAUUGCUUCAGUCUGUAUAUCUCCUGAUUCUACAGCUGUUGCAAUCGCCAAGACCGAGGGUCCCGUACAAUUUUUCACUUUUAACGAAGAGAAUAAUACACUUACCGCUGCUCAUUGUUUCGAGCCACGUGGAUUCGCUAGGAAUGGAUUGAUCGAUGAUCUGAUCUUCCUUGACGAUUUGACACCGGAUCGUCGGAAGUCACUUCCAUUCUGGAGAUCAUGUGUUGUUGUAUCAAAUGAUGGACAUAAAGUUGCUCUAUACGAAUGUCAGAGUUGGAAGUGUCUCGGAAGAAUUCGCUUCGAGACCACUAGAGCUAUCAAUAAAUUUGUUAGCAUUUCGGAUCCGGCAGCGAAUUUUGUGCAUUUGCUCGAUGUGGAUGGCAUGAACGUCUUCACAAUUGAAAUCCGAAAUCCAUUCCGUACAGACGAGCAGCCACGUUUCGUUGGAAUUACGCAGACCUCAUUUUGCCAUUCGAUUUUCUCGAUUGCCCCGAUUUCGUCGAACACUUUUGAAAAUGCUGAAGACUCUGGAGAUGACCUAUUCAACAAUGAUAGCAACGAUGAGGAGAGCGGAGAUGAAUCAGAUGGAACUGAAUCAGAUACACGGAUGAAGCAUACCAAGAUAAAGCGGCAUUUUGUGGCAAUGGGCAAGAGGAGUAUGGUCGAGCUACAAUUGACACUGAAACAGCAUAUUCCAUCCCCAGUUGGUACUGUUGCAGCAGAAUCUUCACAAAAAGAGCCAAGUCCUUCGGUUUAUGUGGACACUGAGACCCCAGAGCACCAACAGCUACAAAAUUCUGGAGGUCUUCUGAUGAAGGUUGCUCCACAGACUUCUAGUAUCGAUGUGGAAAGUGUCAAUCAGAAGCUUGAUGACGUCAUCGCUGCACUGGCACGAAUUGAAGCUGAUAGAAAGAAUAGCAAUGAGCAAAUGGUUCAGCAGAUUGUUACGGCACUCGAUGAGAAUAUUCGAAUGCGAGAAGGCUAUAUGCUCAAUCGAAUCGAGCAAGUUUGCGAGAACGGACGUCUCGACACAAUCGCCGCAAUCCGUAAUGGUCUCGCCAAUUUGAAUGGAAAUAUGGAGACAUUUGUACGAGAUCAGGGUGUUGAAACAGCCGAAUAUAUUAGUCAACGUGUUGGAAGUACGACGAGAAAUGCUCUUGCUGAAUGUAUUCUACCGUCGUUUGAACGGAGUUGUGAAGUGCUUUUCGAACGGCUCAAUGAGCAUUUUAGGCAUGGAAUUAAUGAGUAUCUGGCUACAACGUCUCAAAUGAUUCAAGGAACCGCAAUGGCCACAAUGCAAAUGGCAGCUCAGCAACAACAACAAAAAGGAGAACUGGAACGAAUUGCCCUUCUUCGAAUGAUUGAAACAAAUCCAGAAGAAGCCGUCGAAGCAGCUCUCAACAAGGCCGAUAUGAGCAUUCUCGAAUUUGUAUGCUCGAAAAUCAAUCCGGAAAAGAUUGUGAUUCCCGGAAAUACGAAACUGAGCCAAAAGUGCCUCGUUUCGUUGGUUUCUCAAUUUACUGCCACACUUAGCAGUGAUCGUGAUCUGAAAUUCAAGUGGAUCGAGCUAGUGAUCCCGGAAAUUGAUAUGAGUGAUCCGGAGAUUAUUCAUGUGGUCACGCCGGUUGCACAGAAGCUUGUGAAUGCUCUCCAGGAACUAAUGGAGAACACAGCCGACGAGCCUGUCCGCCGUUAUGUCCGACUUCUCUACCAAAUGACACGUUCCUCACUUCUUCAGCCGCCAACUCCGUCGCAAAGAACUUUUCCAGCAGCUCUGUCAAAAUUCCUCUCGGAUCACUCGCAGCAAUGAUUUGUUCUACGACUUCAGCCGGCUCCGACCGACCAAAAAAAAACAAUUUUUUCUUAUUACAAAUUAACCAAAUCUCUCAGAUUCUCAGUUUUACAUUGACCGUUUUCAUUUUUUUUUUCGUAUUUUUCAAGAAAAGAAGCACAAAAAAAGGAAAAAAUGCUCAAAAUUUUAAAUUUUUUCUUAUUUUUUUCACCAAUUCUCGCUGUAACUAAUAGUUGUGAUUAGACCCCUAUCCAUCUAACUUAUUGAUUUUUUAACUCAAUUUUUGUCCAAUUUUUGUAAUUUCCCAAGUAUAUCACAUUGUAUGUUAUUAAAACCGUUCAAGAAUUAAUUUUUUUUGUCUUC